UCCGCACCCACAUGGCUGUCAAUCAACCACUGCAGUCCGGUUUGUUGGAUGUGCCUUUGCCUCGUGCCUUCUCUUCAGCUUGCCCAGCCCAUCUCACAUCAUAAGCUUCUCUUGGAAGGCCAUUUGACACAUCGCGUGACGUCGCCAGAACGUUGUUCGGGAGGCGGGCGGCCCUCUUCCGAUGCUCUGAAGCCACCAUUGGAGCGCUGUCAAGAGCGAGGAACUCCAGAAUCGCUGGGGCUGUCCAUAUUUAAGGGAUAAUUGGGCUGCUAGUAACUGUGUGUUAAGGUCCAAAGCAUCCACAUUCCUUGGUGGUUGCCAUUGCGGGUGAGUGGACGCCGUUCCACUGGUAAACUCUAUCCCUGUCUUUGGUCACAAGGGCAGGUAGAAGACCCGGCAUGUGUGGAACACAAGAAUUCAACCGGAAUAGUGUACGACAUUGGUCGGGAAUUUCAAACCUUUCGUAUCAGAUAUUGCCCUUGCGCUGGGUCACUACACGUGGAACGAAGAAAUAUCCACUAGGCGUUCCAAUAGCGCGAACGGUUCCCGAUUUGGGCUGUACAAAGAUGACAAGAAUUCGUGUUGUCCGAAUCCCAAAGGGUUGGGGUUGGAAUGCUGGUGACCACGGGUAUAAGAAGGGUGUAAGCCUCUAUCCCUCGAAAAGGCGGAAACAGUUCACGAAUUUGAGCCGCAACAAUCAGGAUCUGAGCUAUGUAUGUAGAGUAGAUCCCGACUGGGGCUUCGCGAGGGCCAUGCAGGUCUUCCGCGGCUUGCCGCGGUCUGUUCGGGACCCGCUCGGUCCAGCGGAGGACCGAAGUAGCCGCAGGACGCCUCGAGUCUAUCAUCGACAACUACCAUGUCGAUCACUAGGCGGUAUGUACAAGAGAAAGAUCCACAAGAUAUCAACAUAUCUCCAUAUCAUUCAGUCUCCCAAGCGGUCAAUUCCUUCCGUCUACUUAUCCUAAGGCAAUACCGUCUAUUUUAGGUUUGUUCUUGACUUUAGCCAAAACUCCUCUCAAGCUGUAAGCUGUGCCAGAGCUCAGUGACACUACAGAUGACACAGCGGUCAUUUAGUUUCGGGCGCUCACAGCCACCGCUA